AUGGCGGAAAAGGAUCCAGCUGAGCAGUGCCCAAGCUCUCAACAUAUGGAGUCCAAUGAUACAGAGAAGCAACAGCCCCAUGUGGUGAUCCCUAAAGAACGACAGUCUGUCAUUCGCAGAAAGUUUGAUCGUCGCGUCUUGCCAAUUGUAUGUAUUCUAUACAUUCUAUCAUAUUUGGAUCGCGGAAACAUCGGCAAUGCCAAGACUGCCGGACUCGACAAAGAUCUUAACCUCAGUGAUUAUCAAUGGUCUUGGGUCUUGUAUGCCUUCUAUAUCUGCUACAUCAUGUUCGAGUGGACUACGGUCCUUUGGAAGAUUCUCUCAGCACAUUACUACGUCGCCAUUCUCUGUAUUUGCUGGGGCGCAGCUGCAAUGUGCAGUGGUGCAGUCAACACCUUCGGUCAGCUUGUCGCAACUCGGUCAUUGUUAGGUAUUUUUGAAGCUGCGUUUGGUGCUGGUGCACCAUACUUCCUCUCUUUGUUCUAUCAAAGACAAGAACUAGGACUCCGGGUAUCUCUACUCCUUGGAAUGUCCCCAGUUGCAAAUUGCUUUGCUUCUGCUCUUGCCUAUGGAAUUACCCACAUCAGGGGAUCUAUAGAGCCAUGGCGCUACCUGUUUAUCAUUGAGGGAGCACCAACGGUUCUCUUCUCAGUGGUAGUAUUCUUCUUCCUCCCCGACUCACCAGGCUCAGCAUCCUUCCUCGACGAAAGAGAACAAACAGAAGCAGUAGAACGCAUGCAAUCGUUCGACACAACAAAGAAAAGUAAAGUCAGCUGGUCCCAAGUCUGGAGCGGAUUAUCAGACUACAAAAACUACAUCCACAUGUCCAUCCACUUCUGCUGCAACUACUCCUUCGCGGGACUCUCAAACUUCCUCCCAACAAUCAUCCAGCACAUGGGCUACACAUCCAUCAACGCCCAAGGCCUAUCAGCACCGCCCUACUUCGUCUCCUUCCUCUGCUGCGUCGCAGCCGCCUUCCUCUCAGACAGAUGGGGAAACCGAGGAAUCCUAAUUACAUUGUUUGCAAGUAUGGCGACAAUCGGGUAUCUACUCCUCACAUGCGUGCAAGAUGAAUCAAAGACUGCGGCGCGGUAUGCGGGUAUUUGGCUAGCGACAUGUGGGAUCUUCCCUGCUCUCGCGCUGAAUAUUACUUGGUUGUUGAAUAACCAAGGUGGGGAAAGUAAGAAGGGCGCUGGGAUGGCUAUGCUUGCUAUUUUUGGACAGACGUCUAGUUUGAUUAGUAGUUCCGUGUUUCCCGAUUCUGAUGCGCCUCUUUAUACGCUUGGGUGUGGGCUUGCGUGUGCUUUUACUGGGUUGAUUGCUAUCUUGGCUAUGGGGUUGAGUGCGAAGUUGACUUUGGAGAAUCGGAGACGGGAUCGGGUUUAUGGGGUUGUUGGUGUGAAUGAGAGGGUUGAUGUUACUGAGGCGGGUGAUAAUCAUCCUAACUUUAGGUAUUUGACUUGA